AGCCCAGCUCAAGCCGGGCUGGGCUGACUCAGCGUCCUGCCCCGGCCAACCGGUCCCUGACAACCCUGCUCUUCCCUGGGCAGAGAUGGGAGAUGGCGCCGGUGCUGCCCCUGGUGCUGCCGCUCCAGCCCCGAAUCCGUCUGGCGCAGGGGCUCUGGCUCCUCUCCUGGCUCCUGGCGCUGGCUGGUGGCCUCACUCUCGGGUGUAGCGGGCACCUCCUAGUCCAGCUUUGGCACUUCCGCACUUUCUUGGCUCCCUCCUGCCCCUUCUCUGCCCUGCCUCAGGUUGCCCUGGCAGCUGGUGCAGUGGCUCUGGGCACCGGACUGGUGGGUGCAGGAGCCAGCAGGGCCAGUCUGGAUGCAGCUCAAUACCCUCCCUGGCGAAGGGUCCUCGGCCCGCUGCUGGUGGCUGGUACUGCUGGCAGUGGAGGGCUCCUGGUCCUCACCCUGGCACUAGCCCUGGCUUUACCUGGGAGUCUGGACGCAGGGCUGGAAGAAGGCCUGGGGGCUGCCAUGGCUCACUACAAGGACACAGAGGUGCCAGGACACUGUCAUGCCAAACGGCUGAUGGAUGAGCUGCAGCUGAGGCACCACUGCUGUGGGCGCCACGGGUACAAGGAUUGGUUUGGGGUCCAGUGGGUCAGCAGCCGUUACCUGGAUCCCAAUGACCAGGACACAGUUGACCGGAUCCAGAGCAAUGUGGAAGGCCUGUACCUGAUGGAUGGAGUCCCUUUUUCCUGCUGCAACCCCCACUCACCCAGGCCUUGCCUGCAAACUCGGCUUUCAGACCCCCACGCCCACCCCCUCUUCGAUCCUCGUCAGCCCAACCUCAACCUCUGGGCCCAAGGAUGCCACGGGGUGCUGCUGGGGCACCUGCAGGGGUGGGCCAGCACACUGGGCAGCACGCUGGCUGUCACCUUCCUGCUGCAGACUCUAGUGCUCCUGGGCCUGCGGUACCUGCAGACAGCACUGGAGGGGCUUGGAGGGGUCAUUGAUGGGGAAGGAGAGGCCCAGGGCUACCUCCUUCCCGGUGGGCUGAGGGACAUGCUGAAGGCAGCAUGGCUGCAGGGAGUGGCCACCCACAGGCCAGCACCUGCGGACGCCCCUCCAGAAGAGGCACCUUCUAAGGAGGAUCUACCUGAGGCCUAGUGGCCUGGAGCUUGGGGCAGCAACUGGGGGAGGUCGGGGAAGGGGUGCGCGAGACUGAAGACCUCACAACUCCUUUACCAAGGCCCCAGGUGGGGCAGGGGGUGGUCCCUGGGAUGAGGGGGGUUAAGAAUAAUCAGUGAGCUGACUGAGGAGAAAUGAGGGGUCCCAGGGCCUAGCCUCUGUGGCCAGACCACCCAGAAACAGAAACUAGGGUGACAGGAAAGUGACACGGGAAGGGCUGGAGACUGCUUCUGGUGUGGGCGCAAUAAAGCUUUUGGACUGAA